UUUCAACUAGAACAAGGAAACACAAGGGAAGGAGAGAAGAGUGAGAGAGAAAUUUCAGAAAAAAAGUUUAGAGAAGAUUUUACAGUUCAAAAUAUACAACCAGAGGCUCUUUAGCAAGUGUCCAUUUUCAAAGCAGGUGGUUUUGCUGCCAAAGAUUUACUUUUUUGUGGACUUACUGGCAAGAAACGCAUACCAGAGGAGAAAGUCUGGAGGGUCCAGUGUGUCGGCAGAGUGUGAAAAUGUCACAUAGGUCUCUUCUCAUCUUUCUGGGAGUAACUGCAGCCACUGUUCUUACAGUUCAAGGAUCAUGGAGAGGAGACAACAAAGAGUCUAAUCCUGCAGUCUACCACUCUGAUGACAACUUUGACUGGACCACAUGGUUCAACGUUGACCACCCAGGAGGCCGAGGAGAUUACGAGCAGCUGGACGCCAUUCGCUUCUAUUACCGUACCAGAGUGUGUGAGACUCCGCGCGCUAUUGAAGCUAGAACCACCGAAUGGGUCCCAGCCCGGGAAACUGGGGAGGUGGUACACGCAGAUCCAACUGUAGGAUUCUGGUGUCUCAAUGAAGAGCAAAGUCCUGGACGCAACUGCUCUAACUACGCAGUUCGCUUUCUCUGUCCAAAAGAAAGAAGUGUAAACACUCAGGGAACCUGGGGUCUAUGGUCAAACUGGAGCCCAUGUCCUGCUCUCUGCGGUCAAGUAGGUGUGCAGCUUCGCCAUCGAAACUGCCAGUCUCAAUCAGUAACUUGCAAUGGGCCUAAAAUAGAGGGAAAACCAUGCAACGGGCCUGAGUGUAUCAAGACGGAUUGUUACCUGCACUGUGUGAUUGGGAGAGUGAAUGCUGACUGUGAUGCUUGCAUGUGUGAAGAGCACGUCCUUUUGGGAUCUGUGCGAAGCGCCGGUGGUCUGAUUGCUGAGGGAGCAGCAAUCCUUCGCUCGGGCAAACUCCUCACCCUCACAGACCACAAUGGGCACUUUAGAGUUCCUGGAAUAUGCCCAGAUGGCAACACAACACUGACAGUCAGCCUGCUGGGUCACGCAACUCUUGACGUCGUCGUGCCCCUCACCGCUGAGCGGACCUCAGUUCUCAGUGUGCAGCUGAAAAGAGCAGAAAAGCUUCAUGUCUUAAGCAACCCUGAGAGUAAAGCCAGGAGAGAGGGACAAAGUACUGCCUUCUGCUGCAAAGUAGCUGGAACACCACAGCCUAACAAGUACCAAUGGUUUCAUAACAAUAUUCUUAUGGAAAUGCAAUCCGAGGGCACGCUGGUCCUGAAAGAUUUACAUCCAGAGCAAGCUGGAGAGUACUACUGCAGAGCAAGUGGGCCGUCCGGCGCCGUUAAGUCCAAACCUGCCAUUCUAAAAAUCAUAGGUAGAGAGGAGCAUUCAUGCAACCCCACGCCUGAAUCUCACCUCAUUCGCCUUCCACAUGACUGCUACCAAAACAGCACAAACUCUUUCUACUACGAUGUGGGCAAGUGUCCUCUAGGCAAGUGUGCUGGACAGCUGGACAAUGCCAUCAGGUGCAAAGACAAUGUGGCGUACUGCUGUGGCGUGGCAAAGAUGGAAGAGAGACAGCUGACGUGCCAAGGCUACCAGUUGCCCACCAUGGUAGUGACAGAGUGUGGCUGUCAGAAAUGCGUGGACACCAAGGCUGUUGUUUAUGGUCGUGCCGUUGCUGCAGACAAUGGUGAGCCAAUGAGGUUUGGCCACAUCUUCAUGAAUGGAGUCAGAAUCAGCCGCACGGGCUACAAAGGCACCUUCUCUGUCCAGGUUCCCCCAGACACUGAAAGACUGGUGUUGACUUUUGUUGACAACAUGCAAAAGUUUGUCAACACCACAAAGGUGCUUCCAUUUAACACAAAAGGAGGUGCUGUUUACCACGAAAUCAAAGUUCUACGAAAGAAAGCUCCUGUGACCAUCAGCUCCUCAGAAACUAACACUCUAAAUCUCGGGGAGGUAGAAGGCCAGGAAGCAAUGGUCCAAAUCCAGAUUCCCCCUCAUUCUUUCUACAAGGAGAACGGAGAAGUCUUUACCGGUAAUGUCAAUGCAAGUGUUACAUUCUUAGACCCGAGAGAUGUCACUACUACUGCUGCAGCUUCAAGUGACCUUAAUUUUAUUGGAGGCGAAGGUGAUGUGCUUCCACUGAGAACCUACGGCAUGUUUUCAGUUGACUUUAGAGGUGAGGAAAAUAAUGAGCCUCUAAACGCUGGCGAGGUUAAAGUAUUCUUGGACUCAGCUCAGGUGAAGAUGUCAGAGCACCUCAGCAACAUGAAGCUUUGGUCACUGAACCCUGAAACUGGCCUGUGGGAGGAAGAAGGGAGUCUGCAGCUAGAUAAGAGAAGGAGAGGCAAAAGAGAGGAGAGAACAUUUUUGAUCGGAAACAUGGAGAUCAGAGAGCGGCGUCUGUUUAAUCUCGACGUCCCUGAAAAUCGCAGAUGCUAUGUCAAAGUGAGAGCUUUCCGCAGUGAGCGUUUCAUGCCCAGUGAGCAGGUAGAGGGAGUUGUGGUGAGUCUCAUAAACAUGGAACCAACUGCUGGCUACUCCUCUAAUCCUCGGGCCUGGGGUCGUUUUGACAGUGUUGUCACUGGCCCAAGUGGAGCUUGUCUUCCAGCCUUCUGUGAUGAGCAACCUGAUGCUUAUUCUGCAUAUGUGAUGGCUAACCUUGGAGGAGAGGAACUAGAGGCUGUGUCUUCUGCCCCUAAACUCAAUCCCAGCCUUGUUGGAGUGCCCCAGCCUUACCUUAGAAAACUAAACUACAGGCGAACAGACCACGAAGACAGCAGAGUAAAGAAGACUGCGUUUAGUAUCAAUGUGGCAAAACCAAGUCCUAACGCGGCUGAGGAGUCUAAUGGACCAGUAUAUGCAUUUGAAAAGCUGAAGGAAUGUGAAGAGGCCCCAUUUAGUGCUGCACACUUCAGGUUUUCAAGAGUUGAAGGAGACCGUUAUGAUUACAACACUGUGCCAUUUAAUGAAGAUGACCCAAUGAGCUGGACAGAGGAUUACCUGAGUUGGUGGCCUAAGCCCAUGGAAUACCGUGCCUGCUACAUCAAGGUUAAAAUUAACAGUCCGCAUGAAAUCAAUGUAAGGUCUCGUAACAUGGGUGGCACCCAUCCAAAGACAGUAGGUCAGCUGUACGGUCUCAGAGACACUCGAAGCAUUCGUGAUAUGGAACAGGCAAAUGUUUCAGCAGUGUGUCUGGAGUUCAAGUGCAGUGGCAUGCUGUAUGAUCAGGACCGUGUGGAUCGUACCCUGGUGAAGGUGAUUCCUCAAGGUAGCUGUAAGAGAGACCAUGUGAACACGAUGCUUCAAGAUUAUCUGGUGAACCACCUACCUCUAGCUGUCAACAACGACACCAAUGAGUUCACCAUGCUGGCACCCCUUGACUCUCUUGGCCACAACUAUGGAAUCUACACAGAGACGGAACAAGAUCCACGCACAGCAAAAGAGAUUGCACUUGGGCGCUGCUUUGACGGCACUUCUGAUGGCACAUCUAGGGUCAUGAAAACCAACGAGGGUGUGGCGUUAAGCUUCAGCUGUGGGGAUCGUGAAGUGACACGUCAGAGUAUCUUUCAAGCUAUGCAGAGCUCCCAAAAUCAGAUAGUAACAAGUGUUGCGAGAGGAGACAACAGGAAAACCAGACGUCGACAAAGGGCCAACACACUCCGCAGGAGCGGGAAACGUAGCGCCAGAAAUCCCACAGGAGGAAAAAGAUAAAUGACUGAAGUUCAUGUCUGGAAAUAACAAGACACUGAAGCAGUUUUUGAUGUUUAAGUGAUUUACCAAAACAUAUUCAAGUUGCAGUUAUACUUUAUAAUAAAAGUGGUCAAAGAUUUAAAAUCUAAACCUUCAGUAUUGAUGUAUCGACAUCCAAAUUGGACUAGUGAUUUAGGAGUUAUAGCUUUUCAAAUAUAUAAAGCCCCCUUUCUAGGAGCUCACUUACAAUUACAUUUGUUCAAACGUAAUUGAACAAAUUUGCAUAAAACAAAUAAACUUCCAUUUUUAAUACACCGCCUGAAGUCUGAAACAUUUCCCCGAACACUGUAUGUCUUCAAUGAUAGUAAAUCAGCACUUUACUGUAGUAUAUGUGGAUCUUUGUUGCAUCAGUUAAUGAAAUACAGCUGCAAAUUUACACAUUUACCAGUUUACAAAUUUUCAUGUUUUCUUUUAGUUUCUGUGUUAUUUUUGCAGUUUACUUUAGGACAUUCUUCCAUAGUCAAUCUCUCUGUAAUCAACAUUGUUGCACUUAGCUAAAUUAAAUUAGACAUUAUAAAUUUCUGAGUGGCCCAAUGGCAUUUCAAAGAGUUUAACUCUCUUUAUAUACUCUAUUUCUUAUAGCCAAAGCUCCAAGCAGCACAUUCAACAUAUUCCAAAGAAUCCAUAGUUUCUUUCUUCUUGCUCUUUUAGUUUAAUCUAAACCAAGACUCACCCAACUUGAAAGGCCAAAUCUGGCAAUAAUAAAUUAAAAACUUAAA